CGUCAUGGUUGCGGGCCUAACACGCCGAUGGCCCGCGUUAGCGCGCAUAGCGCGAAUAGACCUGCGGCGGGCACGAAACAAGCGACUAGGCGGUACCUGGUGCCUAGCGCAGGGGUGGGGCGAACGGCCAGUUAGGCGGGCAGAUGUUGUUGUUUUACAUGGGAUGUUUGUGUUUGUGUUUGUAAUGUGUUUGUUUGUUUGCAAGCUCUCGCUGCUAAUUAGUUUCCCCUCUUCCUAGAUUCUCUGCCCCUGGACAUAUUUAUCUGCUGCAUUCCCUUCCCUUUUUCUUCCUGUGUCUGUCCUUUUUCUGCCCCAGAUUCUCUUUGGUGUGCGUGUGUGCUUUGCUUUGUUCCACAUCUCAUAGGUUUCAGUCAGCAUCAGCAGUCGCUUAGACACCAUCCACAAUAGUCACCGACCCGUCCACCCACACACCGACUACACAGUAACAUGUUCGUCAAAGGCCUCGAGAGAAGAGACGAGUUCUACUCGGACCUCACGCCUAUCACCAACGACAUCAUGACAACGGGAACGCUGACGUCGUCUCCAGCUUCUGAAGUGACAAACAAUCUGGCGAGCCAGGCUACGGACUCGUCAGAGGCGCUUCUGACAGACUCAGACACAAGUGCGUUUCAUCUGACUUCCGGCUUCGGCGCCAUUAGCAGCUCCACUGCUUCGGUGACAGUCACCACCGGAGGAAAAGACAGCUCAGAUCAGAAAACUACCUCGGCUAAAUUAACACAUGUCACGGGCAGCUCCUCAACCGUGUCGCCUGGGGACUACAAACACCAAGUCAGCUCGAGCUACAAAAACGCAGCUGGAUACCAUGGGGGUAAUAAAAAGAAAACCUUGAUAUUUGGCCUUUUGGGCUCGUCGUUCCUCUUCUCUUUACUAUAGUAGCAUGCGGGAAGCUAGGCCAACGCUGUUAGGGGCUUUCCACGGAAACAAAAAAUUACACAAUACAUUGUACACUUGCAUCGGUUUUCAUGCCAUGAACAUCAUCUAAUCCUCAUCUUUACAUCUCUAGUUACCCUCUUUCGCUUCAAGGAUGUCAUGGCUUUGGCACGACACGGGGAAGAAGACCUGCUUUCUCCUGUCACCAAAUACCUUAAACUCUAAUUCUGCUUUUUAAUUCACUAAACCUCUUUGAUAUCUCAUUCUCAUAUAUUUGUAUAGAAUAAUAUACUGCGCAUAACACUAGAGUUGCAGCAUGGUAUGUUUCAUAAUGGCAUAACGGCC